GUUAGGCCUAUCUUGUUUAUUUUUGGAGUGUUCACGUGUAGUAGAUUAGUUUGCUAUCUCGGGAUAUUGGGCAAUAUCCCAUGAUAGAGAUCUCAAACUCUCGUCACGCUUAAAAAACAAAUAGGCCUAAAUAGCUAUAAAUCCCGGCAAAAAGUGUUAUCUUGUUUAUUUUUUGAGCGUUCACGUGAAGUAGGCUAUAUACUAAAACAAUAAUUCGCCUAAAGCUCCGUGAAUAGUCAUUUUUCACUUUGUCUUCGGAGAAUAAUUGUUAAAUAGGCCUAUCGCAUCUCGUGGCUAGUAGGCCUAUUUUAAGGUGAAGAAUGUCACUGACUACUGCGGCCUACUGUGCGGAUUAUUAUUUAUUUUUUUUGACUCAAUUGUUUGUAUCCAUCUCAAUAGCAUAGCCCUUAAACCAAUUUAUUUGUUUUCAAUAAUCAGGUUAUUUAGUCAAUGCUUAAUUAGACUAAAACGUGACAUUCUCUAACCUAAUCACAAAGAAUGACUAUGAAAAUAAUAUGUGAAAUAAUAAAAUAGAUUACAUAGGUUACAUAGAUUUGGAACUUGCUGUUUGAGCGAAUUUUCCAUCAAAUAAGGCAGAAGGCAACAUCACAGCGCUCAUUAUAAGCCCACGUCUCGUCUCCCUAUUGGACAGCACCCUGAUUGACUGAAUCCAAAGACGAGGGGGUCGCUCCAGACCGUUCAUCAUCAUUCAUACGACCCGAAAAAAUGGACUGAGAUGUGAUCGGAUGAGCUGUUGAUGCCCUGGGAUCAGUUUCCCACGAGGAUUAAGCGUGUUGCCGAAAUAGAUAGGCUAACUAAGAUUACUAAUCUAAUCUAUUUGCCCAUCGAGCUCAUCGUCGUGAACCUCACAGGGGGGGGGGAUCCUGCGGAUCAACCGCGACAUAGGAAAACAUCAAGCGUUUAAUAUGCGAUCGGUGUGUACGCAGACACAGUAAGAAACAGGCUUCCCUUAACAAUGAGGCUUUUUUCGCAUUUAACAUAGACAAUCUACUGCCGCUGUUGGCAAUGAUUUCAAUGCGGCAUUUGGUACAGUUAUGGGUGCUAGUGAGCCACACCGUGUGGCGGGGAGUCGCGCCGAGCCCGACCGACGAGGGAGCGCUUCGAGGCGGCCACGGAGACCACGGAGAGCCGGGCCACAAGGAGCACCACAAGGACUCGUACGGGACUUUCGCCUCUGAGUUCCUCGAAUCGAGACAUCUGUCAGACGACGGGUAUCCUUUCCCCACUGCCCCGCCAGUGGACCCCUUUGCCAGGAUCAAAGUCCAUGAUUGUGGAGUCACCAAGGGCUGUAUCAGGUACGGGAAGCCUGGCUGCGAUGCAGAGACGUGCGACUACUUCCUGAGCUACCGGCGCAUCGGCACCGACGUGGAGUACGAGAUGAGCGCGGACACCGACGGCUGGGUCGCUGUGGGCUUCUCCUCCGAUAAAAAGAUGGGCGGAGAUGACGUCAUGGGCUGUGUCCAUGACGACAACGGGCGUGUGCGCAUCCAUCACUUCUACAACGUGGGUCAGUGGGCCAAGGAGAUCAAGAGGAACCCGGCGCGCGACGAGGAGGGCGUGUUUGAGAGCAAUCGGGUGACCUGCCGCUUCAAACGCCCGCUGUACGUCCCGCGGGAGGAGACGCUGGUGGACCUGCACCUCUCCUGGUACUACCUCUUCGCCUGGGGGCCGGCCAUACAAGGUUCCAUCACCAGGCAUGACAUCGACGCCCCUCCGGUCAGCGACCGCAUGGUCAGCAUCUAUAAGUACGAGGACCUCUUCAUGCCCUCCACAGCUUACCAGACCUUCAACUCCCCCUUCUGCCUCCUGCUCAUCGUAGCCCUCACCUUCUACCUUCUGAUGGGCACUCCCUAGCCGGCUACAGGAGAAGGCUGAAAAUAGGUUAAAAGAACAUUAGAAAACAGCAGGGGUGAGGAGGAAAGCAAUACAACUAUUUGCCAAUUAUUCACAGUGCCACAACUUAAGAAGAGAACAUGCUUUAUACGCACAGCUGACACAGCAUUAGAGUUAACAAGGUCCCUUCUGUAAUCACUAUGUAUUCUGUGGAUCUUGGCUAGAGUAUAGUGAUAUUUUGAGAGCACACUAUGUGCAGAGAGGCUACUAUAGUAGUCUUAUUGUUUUAAAGAGAUCAGACGUUUGUAUUUUAAGUGUUACAAAGAGGAAUAUAAGUGCUUCAUAUGUGUCCAUGAGAACUAGGGGGAGAAAUACUUGGAGGAUCACGUCAAAGUACAUGAGAGAGAUGGGCAUAACCUUUUAUUCAUCAUUAUUCGACCUGAGUCGAAUAAAGUGUGUACACAUCCCAGCCUGACGUUAACGUCAUAGCAUAACAUGAUUCUCUACAGUAAGCUUCUUGUUUCAAAUAAGAUCAUUCUGCACAGGAACACACGUUUCACUUUUAUUUAAAUAAUUAGCAAAUUGGUUAUCUAUUUGUUUCUUUGUUGUUUUCAUGAUGGAGGUGUAUGUAUGUGUGUGUGUGUGUGUGUGUGUGUGUGUGUGUGUGUGUGUGUGUGUGUGUGUGUGUGUGUGUGUGUGUGCCUGCGUGUGUGUACUUGCUUUCAGGGCAGACUAUACGUUGUCUGUGUACACUGUGUGCAUGUAUACUUUUGAAUACAAGAUUCUAAGAGUUUAUUGAAGCAAUAACACAAAAUGCUAAAAAAAAACAUUGCUAAAAAACUAGUUGUCGGUGUAAAAGGUAGGCAGCUGUUGAGGCCGAAGAGGCCUCAUUAGAAGUAUAACAACCGCUUUUGUGAAGAGGCUUCCUGUUGGUACUGCGACAUCAACGGUCUUCGAUAUGGGUAUGAUGAAUCAAGGAUAGCCACAUCAAUUCAAGUUUUUAUGUCAAUGUCUUUCCUGCCAAGUGCGUUUUCUCUAACUUUAAUCCUAAUAAAAAUGUUUAUAAAACGA